AUGACUUCUUUGCGUCCGGUUGUUCUCAGCGGUCCAUCAGGUGCUGGCAAAAGCUCCCUUUUACAGAUGCUCAUGGAAAACUUCCCACAGACUUUUGCUUUCAGUAUCUCACAUACAACCCGCAAACCAAGACCUGGCGAAGUACAUGGUAAAGAUUAUAUCUUUGUCACAGAGGACCAAAUGCUCAAAGACAUUGAUGAUGGUAAAUUCCUCGAAUACGCUCAAUUUGCCGGGAACUAUUAUGGCACUCCUCGUGAGGCAGUUACUUCUGUUCUUGAUAGUGGCAAAAUUUGUAUUCUAGACGUUGAUGCUAAUGGAGUUCGCAGCAUCCAUGCAGCCCGACCACCCCUGAAUGCUCGUUUCAUUUUUAUCGGCCCACCGUCAAUUCAAGUUCUCGAGCAACGACUUCGUUCGAGAGGAACAGAAACUGAGGAGAAAAUACAGUCUCGAAUCAAACAGGCUAAAAUCGACAUGGAAUUCGCCAAUAGCCUCCAGGGCAAAAACAUCUACGAUGCCUAUAUUGUUAAUGAUAAUUUGGAUAACGCUUAUGAGAGGUUAUUCAAUGUUCUUAAGGAUGACAUUGCGCUCACCCUGCCUGAAGAUGAAAGGCAGGUUGCAACGUCUUAG